ACACGUGCUGUGGAAUAUGUGGCUCUGAUUAUAAAUGCAAAAAACAGAAGUAAUUUUUGCUGUAUAAUUUCGUGUAUUCAUAAACUAACUAAUAACAGAUAAGAAGUGGAAGUAAGAAUAAACAGCCAUGGACUCACAUGAUAUAUUCCUUCAACUAACAAGGGGUGCACGCUUUACGCACUCUAAACCUAGAACCGAAACUAAAAAAAUAAGUACGAAAGUGGAAUUAACAGAGUCCAAGUCGAUAGACUCCAUAGUUGAGACUUCUCCGAAAAGUUCAAAUAUUGAAGAUGAUUCUCAGAGCGCUGACUUCGUUUCUGAAGAGGAGGAGCAUGAAUUCAACUAUAUCAGUGGGAAAGAUGUUAAACGUGAAAAAGUGAAACAGAAAAAGACAACUACGCCUGAAGAAAGGGAAGCAAACCAGAAAGAGGAGAUGGUGGCACUGCUUCGCAAAGACUAUUUAAUAAAUGUACGUGGAAAGAACAUUCCUCCGCCCGUCACAUCAUUUGAGGAAUUGAAAAACGAAUAUAAAAUGUCUGAUCGCCUGUUGCUGAAUCUUGAAUCUGCCACAUAUGCGUCGCCCACACCUGUACAAAUGCAAGCUAUGCCUCUUUUGUUACAAGGACGUAACGUGAUGGCUUCGGCGCCGACUGGUUCUGGCAAAACUAUUGCUUUUCUGGCACCGUUAAUUAAUGAUUUGCGCAAGCCCAGCAAAGUUGGUUUUCGCGCUGUUGUUUUGGCGCCAACCCGUGAACUUGCAGCUCAAAUUUACAGAGAAUGCGUGCAGUUGGCACAAAAUACGGCCCUAAAAAUAUAUUUUCAGACCAAAGCAACAAGUAAUAAAUUGGCCACGGGGCAAAGUAACAAAAAUUAUGACAUACUAAUAUCUACACCGAAUCGUGUUCGCUUUCUGCUGGAGCAGGAACCACCAGCUCUACGGUUAACAGAAGUCGAAUGGUUGGUUAUUGAUGAAGCGGAUCGUUUAAUGGAGGAAGGCAUAAAUAAUUUUAAAGACCAAGUAGAUGUCAUUUUGGCGGCAUGCACCAAUCAGCGUAAGAAGUUGGCACUAUUCAGUGCAACAUAUACAGUUCCUGUGGCAAAAUGGGCGAUAAAAAAUCUCCCCAAUUUAGCACGAGUAAUAAUUGGUCAAGAAAAUAGUGCUACCGAUUCGGUGGAGCAGGAAUUGCUAUUUGUUGGCUCUGAGAGUGGAAAACUGUUGGCAAUAAGAGAUAUGGUGCGCAAAGGAUUAAAACCUCCAGUUUUGGUAUUUGUACAAAGUAAGGAACGGGCAAAGGAGCUAUUUCAGGAACUGCUUUACGAUGGCAUCAACGUUGAUCUUAUACAUGCCGAUCGUUCACAACAACAGCGUGACAAUUGUGUUCGGGCUUUUCGGGAAGGGCAUAUUUGGGUGUUGAUUUGUACUGAACUGAUGGGGCGUGGUAUUGAUUUCAAAGGCGUUAAUCUUGUAAUAAACUACGAUUUUCCGCCAUCUGUCAUUUCUUAUAUACACCGUAUUGGACGUACGGGUCGAGCAGGCAGAAAUGGCAAAGCUAUAACAUUCUUCACACAAAGUGAUACCCCAAAUCUAAAAAGCAUUGCACAAAUUAUUAAGAACUCCAAUGGUAAAGUGCCUGAUUUCAUAUUGACUUUGAAAAACCGGCGUAAAACAGAACGCAAGUGGCUGGAAAAUCACGCACCCAAGCGCGAGAGUAUCUCGACAAGAAUAUCAAAGAAUGCAGAAAAGGAAGAUGUUGAAGUGGAAAGUGACAAAUCAACGGCGAAAAAGCGUAAGGCAAAGGUUGAUUUGGACGCGCAGGUUGCUCGAGCUAAUAAAAAUGCCAAAAUGUCUUCAAAUGCCAAGCCAACGCAACGCAAAAAAAUAAAAUCGAAAACACAGUAACACAAUUUUGCUGCAAUAGUUUAGAUUAAAUUCAGUUGUUUUGCUUUUUAUUAAUAAAUACAUUUAUAAACAAAUA